GGGCUCUUUUUCUCCCUCACUGGUUCUUUCUUUUCCUUGCCUCAAAGCUCGGGUCCGAGACUCGGCCAUGGCAGGAGAUCGCAGAGCAUUUCCACUUCUUUGCCUCGUCUUCUGGAUCUCGUCUCUACUUUCGAUCUCGCUCGCUUACAGGCCGGGAGACAUCGUGCCGAUGAGCAAGGUGGGCCAGUACCAUGGGUCAAGAACCGUCUGGCAAGAUGUUAUUGGCCGCCACUGCCCUAUUUUUGCCGUUAAUCGGGAGGCGUUGAUUCCGAUACCAAAACCUACUGGUUUCACUGGUGCUGAUCCUUACAAGAUAUCGUUUCAAGUUGGUCAUGAGAAAUUUCAUGUGCCAUGGCUUUUUGUUAUAAACCGCAAAAGCUCCGAAGUUCCAAUGAUUAAUUUCCAUUUGAAGUACUCUGGGAAUGAUUUGCAUGGCGUCACGGCUAAAGUUGUAGACAUGCCUCAUCAUUAUGUUGAAGUUCACCAAGACAUAGGCAAGAACUUUUGGGAUCCAAAUCAUUGGCCAAAGCAUGUACUUGUGAGAUAUACAUGGGAGGAGCGGUCAGAGAUAGAUGUCCCAGGGGGAUUUUAUGUAAUGUUUGGAUCAGUACCGAUAAUAGAGAGGGAGUGGGAAAACAUGGCAGGAUUAAUCAUGAUUCAUGAACUAUUCAUCGGUCUCGCUCUUUCCUUUAUUCUUGCAAUUUAUGUCUUGCAAUCAUCUCAAGACAAGCUUGCAAGGUUUGUGAGAGAGACUGUUGCAGAAAGCAGCAUCCAUGGAGGAGUGGCGAAGGUUGAAUAAUCUUCUGUUUUUUUUAGCAAAAGAGGUUGAACAAUCGUUUCUUUUUGAAUCCUUCUGAUUGUCGAAUGCCUGGAAUAACGUUGCAGAACUUAGAGGACUGGACCAUUAGGAUUGUAAUACAGCCAUGGUCAAAAAAUGCCAUGAUCGCCUUUAUUGUUGUAGUAAUUUUGGAAGAUCAACCAUGUAUAAACAGAAGAUUUUUUCUGAAGAACAAUGUGAUUUGUACCCUGGGUCAGUAGAAAUGCUAAAUUGAUAACGUAGUCGGAUGCCUGGAAUCACAUUGCAGAGCUUGAGGACUGGACAAUCAGAAAAGUGAUACAGCCAUUGUCAAACAAAGCCAUGAUCACCUCUAUUUUAGUCAUAGGUUCUUUUUUUGCAUAAGUAUUUUCGUCAUAGGUUGACCGUGUAUCAGACAAGAUAUUUUGAACAACAUUUUUUUACCAUAAGUUGAUGCCCAUGUUGAGUUGCUAACAAAGUUUCAAGCAUGCAGAUUGGAAGGUCAAA